GAAGAAUUCAGCGCAUUACUUCCGGGUUAUGCGAGUAUUAAAUGGGCGCAAUGACAUUGUAGUAAGUGUUAUAAUAUUACAUGUUUUGACCGUUUUGUCACCGCUGAUAUUGCCGUCAAUAUGACAUCAACCUCCAGCGGUCUUACGGAGGAGCAGCGUCGCAGACCACAGUUUCAGUUGGGUGCUAAUUACAUCCCCACAGAUGAGGAGAAGAGAGUCUUGAGAGAAUGCAAUGAUGAGAGUUUCUGGUACAGGUCGGUACCUUCGGCUGCAGUGAGUAUGGCUAUCACUCAAGCUCUGAUUGCUAGAGGAACUCUGAGUUCAUCGCCAAGAUUUGGAUCGCUACCCAAAGUGGCCUUUGCUUGUUUUGUUGGUUACCUGGCUGGCAAGAUUUCAUACACAAAGACAUGUCAGGAAAAGCUGAAGCGGUUGGAGAAUUCCCCUAUUGCUGAGGCGCUCCGAAUGAGGACAGGACAGUAUCCCUCAUCUUUCCAAAGGUCUCAGUCAGAGCCAAGCAGCUCAGACAGCCAGUCAGGCGAGUUGGUGUUUCAGCCAACAGAAUCACAAAGCCAAACACCAGAUCUCUCCAGGGAUUAUGGAUACGGGUACAAUGACGAGUCACCGAUGCAGAUUGAGAGACCAGAUGACUUCAGCGGUCCAGCUUCUUACCCACCGUAUGUUGAAGAGGAGGUGCCCAAAAAGAAGACCAUCCUUUAUGAGGACCUUCGGCAGAAGAACCGAGAGAACUACGAGGUGAUCCUUAACCAGAGGGCUGACACACACCUCAGAACCCUGCCUGAGAAAGUCUCAGAAAGACCUAAGAAAGAAGAGAAGAAGAAUAUCUACGGAGACGCGUGGGAGGAGUGAUUGUGGCUAACCUUAAGGUUGUAUUACUGAUGCUUCAGGAAGCUGUAGACAACUCUGUGCUGAUUUAGCCUCAAGUUAUCAACAGGAAAUUGUAAUGGUCUGUGUGAGUGAGUUAAUAAAACUUUGUUGUGGUUUUCUGUG